AUGGGCACUGAGGAAUAUCAUUCUUGCCUCGUCUCCAAUUCCAAAACUACUGGCUCUCUAGUUCCUGUAAUCGCAACUCUAGGGCCUUGUGGCCGAAAGAAAUCCAGAAAGAAUGCCACACAACGCAGCAACAAUCUCAUAAAGGCAGUGGACCUGGCCGAAUGGUGGCUGAAGACUAUCGAUUCUAGAGGUCGCCCGCGUGUUUUGGGGCAUGUAGAGCGCGCCAAUUAUCACGGUUACCACCACGCAACCGCAGAAGAGGAAGUACAUGCCAAAGGUGGAAGCGUUGAGGAGUGUGGGUGUGAUGUAGGCGACGAAGAAAUUGGUUAA